CGUUUAUAUCACGAAACCCGCGCCCCCUCCAGUUUCGCCACCUGUACCGUUUAGCUGCGUUGCUUCCCGUUCUCCCUUCUCUUUCCCCCCUUCGUUCUGUUCGUUUAUCCUCGCCGUUCGCCUUUACAGCGCCAUAGGCCUACGCUUUGGCUUCCCCUUCCUCUUCUCUCAUCCUUCUCGAAACCCUAAAUUGUUGAUCUGAUCCGUACCUAUUCUUCCCCUCCGAUUUGGUUUCAAUUAUUAAUUUGUGUGGUAAAUGGUGGAGACGGAGCAUUGGGAUCUGUGAAUCCGUCGAAAUUUCAGUCCCGGCGGUGGCGAUGGGAGCUUUUUGGACCGAUGAUGACAGGAAGAUGGCGGUGGCGGUUCUCGGCCCCCAGGCCUUUGACUAUCUCGACGCUCGGCACGCCGCCUCUCCCGACGGCCACCUAACCGCUGUCGGCGGCGGAAACGGCGACCUGCAGAACAAGCUCCAGGACCUCGUGGAAGGCCCCGGAUCCGCAUGGGCUUGCGCCAUCUUCUGGCAGAUCUCGCGGUCGGUGGAUGGGGAGCUCGUGCUCGGCUGGGGCGACGGCUACUGCCAAGAGCUCGGGGAUGGCGAGGAAGAGAGCGGCGGCUUUUCGAGUCAUCCCCUCGACGGCGUGCGCCAGAAGAUGCGGAAGCGGCUGCUAGAGCGGCUGCACGCGCUCUCCGGUGGGUUGGACGACGAGAACUACGCACUUCGGCUUGACCGCAUCACUGAUGCAGAGAUGUACUUCCUGGUAUCCAUGUACUUCUCGUUUCCCAGAGGGGAUGACGCUCCCGGAAGGGCUUUCGCUUCUGGGAAACACAUAUGGAUAUCCGAGGGGGAGCUAAUGUCGCCAGCGUGCUCCAAUUACUGCGUGCGAGCAUAUCUCGCAAGAUCUGCGGGUUUCCGAACGAUCGUGUUCGUUCCAUGCGAUGCCGGCGUGCUUGAGUUGGGCUCGGUGAAUGGCUUGCCUGAAAGGUUCGAAACGCUUCAGAUGAUCAUAUCCGUAUUCGGUCAGGGCCACAUCAAGCUGACUGCCGUGGCUGGGGAGAAAACAGACAAAAAUAUGUCUCCGGUUUCCGCCUUUCCUUACAGUGCCAAAGAUCAAGUCGACAAGUUUCCAAAGCUUAUUUUUGGGACGGAUUUGAGCACUGGCCGCCGUAAUGCUAAUGAGAGAGCUUCAAUCGUGAAGCGGGAACAGAUCCAAAUGGAUAUAAUCACAAAGCAUAGCGAUCGGCAUCAGACAAGCCCACUCGUCAAUGGUGCUGCGAUGCCUCAGUGGAAUCAAAACCAUGCCAUAAACUCUCUUCAACAGCACUUCCGCAAUGGCUCACCAUAUGUUCGACAAGCUAAUGGAGUCAUUGGUAAUGAUCCUGUGAUGAACCAGCUCCACCAGCAGCAGCAGCAGCAACCACCAGGGCAACAGCAGCACCUGGAAUCGCAUUCACGCCCUCUGCUGGCAUCUGGCCAAAUUAAUUUCAUUUCGGAGGCGCUGGCAAAUACUCCUUCCACUGGUAUGUUGAUGACUCGUACGGGUGCGGCUGACUCGGAGCUCUCAGACGUCGAGAUUCCAUCCAAAGAAGAAAACCCGGUGACAAUGGAAGAUCGCCGACCAAGAAAGAGGGGUCGUAAGCCGGCAAAUGGCCGGGAAGAGCCCCUCAACCACGUAGAAGCCGAGCGCCAGAGGAGGGAGAAACUUAACCAGAGGUUCUACGCACUGAGAGCCGUGGUGCCCAAUAUCUCCAAAAUGGAUAAGGCCUCUCUGCUCGGGGAUGCCAUAACCUACAUCACUGAACUCCAGAAGAAGCUCAAAGAGAUGGAGGCGGAGAGGGAGAUGUGGGGUGAUCCAUCAUUCAUGGAUUACAAACAUCAGGUCCAUUGGCCUGAGAUCAAUGUCCAAGAAGCACGGGAUGAAGUAAUUGUUCAAGUGAGUUGCCCUAUGGACAGGCAUCCGGUCUCCAGGGUCAUUCAAGCGCUCAAGGACUCACAGAUUAAUGUGGUGGACUCGAAGGUUUCCGCUUCUAAUGGCUGUGUCCUGCACACGUUUGUGGUGAAGCCACUAGGGACCGAGCAGCUUACGAGCGAGAAGCUAAUGGCUGCUCUUAACUCUUGAGUUGAGCGCCACUUAACAUUCUCAUGACAAGAUGGCUACAUAUUUUAGUUUUCUUUGUUAAGUGAAUUAGUUUAUAUUGACAGUUAUACCACCAUUUAAGAUUCCGUAGCCUAUAACUUAGCUGUAAGACCACUCACCACCAUUGCCUACAGUUCGUUGAGUCGGUAAUGCAGUGUACUCGGUGAAUUAAUUUUUGUUCCAUA